AUGGCCCCCAUCACUCUUCCCAACACGACAGAUAUCGACCAACAGGCCGCGGACCUAACCCGUCAUCUGCUGGACAACUAUGACUCCGAGAGCGGCGCAGGGUUUAUGUCGGCCACGGUAUACGACACAGCCUGGCUAGCACUCAUUCAAAAGCCGAACGCUAGCGGGCAACGGCAGUGGCUCUUCCCAAAAUGCUUCCAAUAUAUCCUCGACACGCAGUUGGCAGACGGCGGUUGGGAGGCUUACCGUUCCGAAGUGGAUGGCAUUCUCAACACGACGGCUUCGCUGCUGGCACUUAGCCGUCACGCCUCUGAGCCUUUGCAAAUCGAAUUUGUUUCGAUUGCAGAGCUUGAGCAUCGGAUUGAGCGGGCAACAGCUGCUUUGCUGCAAAGGCUUUCCGUGUGGGACGUGGCGGAAACAACCCACGUGGGCUUCGAAAUCAUAGUCCCAACGAUGCUUCGCCUAUUGAAAGAAGAAGGCAUCUCAUUCGAGUUCCAUGGCGAGAGUUUUUUGAUGGAGAUGUACGCUGCUAAAAUGUCGCGGUUCAGGCCAGAAUACCUGUAUGGAAAAACGCAGCACACAGCGUUGCAUUCGCUCGAAGCAUUUAUGGGUCAGAUUGAUUACACCAAGGUUGCACACCACAAGGUCGGCGGGGCUAUCAUGGCGUCACCUUCUUCUACAGCUGCAUACCUGAUCGGUUUGCCGGGUUCGGCGUGGGACGACGAGGCUGAGAACUAUCUCGCCGCCGUGUUGAAGACAAGGGACGGCACUAGUGUUCCCAGUGCAUUUCCUUCGACAAACUUUGAGUUUUCUUGGGUCCUGUCUACCUUGCUCCAAGCAGGCUUUUCUGCAAAACAACUGGGCCCCUCGGUGACAAAGAUCGGGCAAAUGCUGACCGAGGCUCUUGAAACCGGACAUGGCGUCGUUGGAUUCGCCCCUACUAUUAUGGCGGACGUCGAUGACACGGCCAAAACGCUGAGCGCGAUUAACCAUCUGGGCAUCCCCAGAUCCGCGGCAAAGAUGAUUGAGAACUUCGAAACGAAAACUCAUUUCCGAACUUAUCCGUCCGAGCGAGACAGCAGUUUCAGUGCCAAUUGCAACGUCCUUCUCGCGCUGCUACACCAGCCAGAACCGGUCGAAUCCGUUGACCAGAUUUCGAAAGUGCUUGGGUUCUUAUGCAAUGUUUGGUGGAAGACUAACGGGCCCAUCAAAGACAAAUGGAAUCUUUCCCCUCUAUACCCCAGCAUGCUUUUGGUGGAAGCAUUGGUAGAUCUGCUCGAGCUGGUAGAGAGAGGCAGUUUACCGGAAUCUCUUUUAUCCAAAACCGAAAUCAGAACAAAAAUAGCCGUCGCUCUAUUCCAAGCGGCAACGCGCACAAUCGAGGAGCAGGAAAGCGCAGGCUCAUGGAACAAUUCGGUGGAAGAAACCGCCUACGCCGUUAUCCUGCUUUCUGUGGCAGCUCGCGUCACAUUGUUCGACCCUAUCCGACAACAGCUCAUUAACGCAGUGCGCAAGGCUCAGGAGUGGCUUCAGCCCGUUGGACCCAUCGAAUCCGGGAUAUUAUCGACAGGGAACUACCUUUGGAUCGAAAAGGUCACUUACGGCAGCCCGGUAUUAACGCAGGCCUACCGUCUUGCCGCCCUGAGGUCCGCAUUAUUUAUCCCUGCGGCCAGCACAGUAGGAGAUUGCCUGAACAUCGCCGCGCCUACGCGCCAGUCGGAAGGCUUUGUCAAAUUAUACCGCCUUACUCCCCUGUUUUCGGAUUUCCCAGAACAUAAACUUGGCACUACCGUCGUGGAAGGUUCGCUCUUCCUACCAAUGCUGCGGGAAUACGCCUACAACGUGUUUACGCGAGAGAAUAUGACAGAGGAUAAGUACCUCACCAUUAUACCAUUUACCUGGACUGGCUGCUGUAUGCGAGUGGGUUUGAAACCGUCAGCCGAGUUUUUAUGGGAAAUGAUGAUGAUGGCGGUCAUGGGGUUCCAAGGCGACGAGUUCGUCGAAGCCGUGGCCGGGCCAGCGUUUGCUGGUAACCUCGACCAGGUAAGGCGAUUCGUGCGAAACCUCAUCCCUAUCGAGCCGGGCGAACCAGGCGAACCGAGCGAGGAAUUGUACGGUUCAGCAGAGUUGGAAAUCCUCAAGCCGUUGGAGCUGUUUAGAGAUUUCAUGCUGGACCACUGGGCCGUCACGGCCGCCACCUCUACCGACAGGAACAACCUCGCUCGCGAGCUGCGCUCGUAUCUGCUUACGCAAAUCCAGCAGUCGGAGGAUAAUGCGCGUUUCGUCCAGGACGGCGCCGGCUUCCGCCCGGAUGCGAGUUACCUGUCGUGGGUACGCACCACCUCGGCGGACCACACGUCGGCGCCCACCUUUUUCGCCUUUUUGGCGUGUCUAAUUCCGCAAACAAUCUGCCCCUCACUCGCCGGCAGCGACUGCUUCCCCACCGCCGAGGAGAAAUACUUUGCCGGCGCCGCGUGCAGGCAUCUGGCCAGCAUGUGCCGCAUGUACAAUGAUUUUGGCUCGGUUUCGCGCGACGUCGCCGAGGGGAACUUGAAUUCGCUGGAUUUCCCCGAAUUCAACUCGACGGUCGCUGAUACCAAAAAAGAGGCCAUGUGGGAGCUUGCCCAAUUUGAAAGGGCCUGCCUGCAGGAAGCCUUUGCGAGGUUGGAAAGAGCAGCCAGGAAACGCGUCGCUGGGCUGGGAGAGAAGAGCCAGAGGGAAAUCGAGACGUGGAUAACGUGCUGGCGUAUGUUUUGCGACGUUACAGAUCUGUACGGGCAGAUCUACGUGGUGAGGGAUAUGGCGAGUAAUGUCGUGAGGCCCGCACGUUGA